AUGCAUUUCUCGGCCGUCGCACAGCUCGGCCUCCUGGCUCAGAAUCCGUUAUCUAACCAUGACCCAGUUUCGUCAACACCUACAGUUAAUCUAAGCGGUUAUGGCUUGUUCUCUGGAGUGAAGAUAAAUGAGGAACUAUCCGGGAGUCCCCUUCCAGCUUCUGUGGACGCAUGGCUUGGCAUUGACUAUGCGCUUCAGCCGGUCGGUCAACGGCGCUUUCGGCCAGUAGAGCAUCGCCCGUCGGAAUUUCAUGAAAUCAGGCCAGCAGAAAGUUAUGGGAAUGUCUGCGUACAAGACACUAUUUAUACAGCAGGUCAGGUCCAAGAUGAGGCAUGUCUGAACUUCAACGUCUAUCGAACCUCAGGCGUACCGAUAACGGAGAAACUCCCUACGUUAGUCUGGAUUCAUGGAGGUAGCUUUGUUCUUGGUUCAGGUAGAAGUAUGGAUGGUGCAUCGUUCGUCUCCUCAUCUAAGCUACCUAUUGCAGUUGUUACAUUCAACUACCGGCUCAACUCGCUAGGAUUCCUUCCUAGUAGGCUUUUCGAAGAGGAGGGCCUUCUCAAUCUUGGGCUACGUGAUCAACAUUUCAUGCUUAAGUUUCUCCAGGACCACCUAGAGUCAUUCGGAGCAGACCCGAAGCAGAUUACUAUAGGAGGCCGAUCGGCCGGCGGACACUCUACUGGUAUCCAUUACUUUCACAAUUAUGAGGAGGAUGAAGGUAAACCACUAUUUGCACGAGCUAUCUUUCAGUCCGGCUCAGUAACAGCACGCGCAUUUCCGGAUUCGAAUUUUCCCCAAUACAAGCAGGACUUCAAACGGUAUAUGCGAUAUCUCGGCUGUCCAACCGAAAAGACUGAGGGGGGUAAUGCACAAGCCUUAGAUUGCCUUCGGCAAGCAUCGAUACAUGAUAUUCAGCACAUUAGCGCAGAGAUGUAUGGGGAGGCAGAGCAAACUCUGAGCUGGCCUUUCCAACCGACCUUAGGGGGGCCUCUAUUAGAAAGACCGGGAUCACAGUCCGGCGCCGAGGGAACCUUCCACCAUCUCCCCGCUAUUACCUCCUAUGUCACCGACGAAGGGAAGUUUUAUACUCCGGCAAUCCAUCACACCAACGAUGAUUUCCUAUCAUUCAUAUAUGCUAUGAGCCCCUAUCUAAAUUACACCGAUAUCGCCUUGUUGAAUGAGCUCUACCCAGACCCAACACGGCAUCCUGAUUCCCCUUGGGCGAACUCGCCCAACAGCACCCAGUAUAAUCGACUCUCGGCUGCUUGGUCAGAUAUGGCUUAUAUAUGUCCCAGUCGUGAAACGGCCUUCCGCACAUCGACAGCCGGCGUCCCCACGUGGCGACUCCACUUCAACACGCCAAACCAUCCGUUAGAGUACCAAGCAUGGCGCGGAAUACCACAUACCUCCGAUACAGCUUACGCCUACGAUUCGUCAGGAGUGGCCUUUCCGCAAACCGCCCAUAUAUACCACGCCUACCUAGCUAGUUUUGUAGCUACGGGCAACCCAAAUAGUGCCCGGUUAGAGGGAACCCCGGAGUGGCCACAGUACCAGGUAUCGGAGACUUGCGGGGCGGCUCGGCCGAAACAACUUCUUAUUAACCCCGGUGCUUACACCACCGUAGAGGAAGAUUCUGUUAGGAUUGCCCAGUGCGAUUUCUGGAACGAUCUGGACCGGGCGAAACGGCUGAAUAAAUAA